AUGGAUAACUUGUUUCAUGACAUGGAAGGAUCAUUCGAGACAACGAAAAAGGCGAGUGAAUCCGAAACAAAGCAGAUGAUGGCUCGUAACAAGGGAGGUUUAGAGUGUAACAUAUGUCUUGAUCUGGUCCAUGACCCUGUGGUGACCCUGUGUGGUCAUCUCUAUUGCUGGGCUUGUAUUUACAAAUGGAUCAUCCAAUAUUCCCAAACAAACAACAACAACAACAUGAAUAAUAAUAUCAUUUCACCUGCAUCAUGUUGUCCGGUUUGCAAGUCGGAAAUAUUGUUGGAAACAUCCCUAGUCCCACUCUACAGUCGGGGCCAAACCACAAAAGUAGCGCAGCAGUCAAAUGUUGAUCAUUUGGGUCUCAUUGUGCCAAAGAGACCACUAAGAGUCACCUCUUCUUCAUCAUCAUCAUCUACUGUCACUCUUGAAGAAGCUGUGUUUGCAAGGAUUUUUGGGAUUUCGAGACAAAUACCUAAUUCCUAUCAUCACAUGUCGGGCAGUGGUGAUCACACUAGUAGUUUGCCUAGUUUGUUGGAAACAGACAAAUGGUUUAGGAGGGUUUGCAGUUUUCUAUGUUGUUUCAUAUUGGUUUGCCUAGUUUUGUUCUAG